GAGUCAUCGUUGCUUUUACUCAUACCACGACAAUGACUACCCCCACCCUUUCUAGCUCGCCCCCCUCGCAACCCCACGGUGCCGGAACUGUAGGUGCUCCCUCUAUCGCCCCAGCGAGAUCCUCGGGUGGUGGAGCCAGCAGUCUUGGAACGUUCGGUGUCAAGUCUGGUCUAGCACAGAUGCUCAAGGGUGGCGUCAUUAUGGACGUCGUGAAUGCAGAGCAGGCGCGUAUCGCAGAAGAAGCAGGCGCAUGCGCCGUCAUGGCGCUUGAGCGUGUCCCGGCUGAUAUUCGUGCAAACGGAGGUGUUGCCAGAAUGAGUGAUCCGGCGAUGAUCAAAUCCAUCGAAGCGGCCGUCACGAUACCUGUAAUGGCGAAAGUUCGUAUCGGCCACUUUGUCGAGGCACAGAUUCUCCAAAGCAUUGGUGUCGAUUAUAUUGAUGAAUCGGAAGUACUCACGCCUGCUGAUGAGGAGAAUCACAUCAACAAGCACAACUUCAAGGUGCCUUUUGUAUGUGGGGCUCGCAACCUUGGGGAAGCUUUAAGACGGAUAGCCGAAGGUGCAGCUUUCAUUCGGACGAAGGGUGAGGCAGGAACAGGAAAUGUUGUCGAGGCCGUCCGCCAUUCGCGAACCAUCAUGUCUGAAAUCCGCAAGGUUGCGUCCAUGUCAGAGGAUGAGCUAUAUGCGUACGCGAGAGAGAUCCGGGCGCCAUUUCACCUCCUUAAGGAAACCUCUCGCUUGAAACGACUCCCCGUAGUGAACUUUGCUGCUGGGGGUAUUGCGACACCCGCCGAUGCAGCUCUAAUGAUGCAACUGGGAUGUGAUGGAGUGUUCGUAGGUUCGGGUAUAUUUAAGUCCGGAGACGCUGCGAAGCGGGCUCGUGCUAUUGUCCAGGCGGUGACGCAUUACAACAACCCCAAGGUCCUAGCUGAUGUUUCGGCGGAUUUGGGCGAAGCGAUGGUUGGGUUGACGAUCGACUCGAACCUUAAAGGUGGCCGUCUUGCUGACAGAGGGUGGUGAGAUAAUGGGCAUAGGAGGCCGUUGCAAGAAUUAGGAUUCGGAAGUAAAAUAAAAGAUGCGGGCUUAGCGGUCAUGUCGGACUCGCUCGCUAUUUAUUCUUAGGGUAAGCAAUGUAUGUAGACAGUGAUGAACUGUUAUUACUACUAGUAUUGGGG